AUACCUUCAGGACAAUGGACCUGUAAAGGAUCCUCUAAUACGUCUGUUGUUUUGCAAGUCAAAGAAAGAGAUGAGAUCUCAAUGUAGAGAUUGGAAUCGCCAAGUGCUUCCUUUUUUUUUUAUUUACCUGAACAUAUCCCACAAAGUAGUUCAGGACAAGGCUCUCCUAUGAGUAAAUCCACCUUUUUUGUCAUUCAAUUUGAUUGUACUGUUUAACAAAAUGAUGGGGUGGGGGGUUUUUUUGGCUUUUUUUUUCGUUUUAAAAGAACAGAUAUUCUAUCUUAAAGAAGAACAGGGUAAUAAAUAUGAGGGAAAAAUAAAUGAUGUGUUGCUGCUCUCCCACAAAAAAAAAAAGAAAACGCGAUUUCACGCACACCCGUUAUCGGAAUUGAGAUCUUUACGCGACGUGAAUUUAAUUCAGUUACCAAUUCCCCAAUAUGGAAAUGAAAGGGAUAAGUCGCUCAGUUCAGUUCAAAGUCAACCCCAAGGUAGAUAAAUUCCCUAUGGUUUAUGACUUGAAGGCAAAGAAAGAUUUAAAGAAAGGU